GGCUGGGAGAAGAGACAGCAUGCCAGAGUCCGGCUGCGUCUCUCCCACCGCAUUUGAGGGCAAAUCAGCUCUCAACUCAUCUUACUCUGCACCGCACAAGGGAAACAACAAUGAACUGACGAAAGACAAACACACAGAGAAAAAGAGAGACAAGGAGGGAGAGAGAGAAAGAGAGAGAGAAACGCCGCCGUGUUUUUGAAGCAUGCACAUAUUUUCUGGACAUAAGCUCCUCUGGUUCAUAUUUGCAGAGCGGGACGGAUCGAGUGACCACAACGCUUUUGAAAAAGCAGAUGUCACAGCAAAGCAGUGGUAGCAGAAGGACGCUUCGAUACAAGCGGUUAUUACAGUGCAUCUCCUGGAAGAUGGACGAGACAUAUUGGGGCUAAGGAACUGGCGACUUAUCACGGUGCAGAGGAGAGAUGUUUUGCAACUGCCUCAGGCUGUUCAAGGGGAUGAAUGCCUUCCCUGGCGUCAUUUCUCGCUUGCAAUAGGCUAUGUAGCUCAAACGACGGCAGAGCGUGUGCAGCUGUACCUCGGCUAGUUGAGUAAAAGCUUCGCUCACCGGCGGAAGCCGAGCACCGUGGCCGCCAGCAACCUUUCCUACCUCCAGUCUCCAUGUGACGGAUGUGAUGCCCCACUAAGAGAAGAAGCGAGCGCAGCCUCCAGAGCUGUCCGCGGUGCUGAACGGAUCCGUCAGCUCCCCGGGUCUUCACGAGUUGACCUUCUCUCCCCCUGAGCGGAAAAACCAUCCUCCUGCAACGCACAUUAAGGUGGCAAAGCAGGCCACCACACAUGGACAGCUGCUGGGCUUGACUGAGUCGGCCGGACAAUAUUCUAUUUCAUGGCUGUGGCACGCAAAAUCAAAACUUUGCUGACCGUCAACAUUUUAGUGUUUGUGGGAAUUAUCCUGUUCUCGGUCUACUGCAGGAUCCAGGACCGAUCCGAGGAGCUCAUCCAGCUAGGGCGUAUGUCUGACCAGAGGCUGCGAGCCAGGAAUGGCAAAGUUUCCAACUUGGUGGACAGACAGUCUAUUCUCCAGAGGCUGGAGAGGCUGGAGGAUGUGGUCUACAAUCAAUUAAACGGUUUGGCAAAGCCUAUGGGGCUAGUUGAGGGGCCAGGAGGCCUUGGCCAGGGGGGAGCUGCUGCCACUCUGGGAGAAGACAGUCAUGACGCCGAGGGGAAAUAUGAGGAGUAUGGCUACAACGCUCAGCUCAGUGACCGCAUUUCCCUCGACAGAAGUAUCCCCGACUACAGGCCUAAAAA